AUGGCAGUUCUAAGGGCCCUGAUGGAUGCUGAUGCAUGGCUUGAGGAGCACUUCAGAGCUUGCUGGGGGGUUAAUGGUGACCUGGCACAGUCAGGCUGCUUCCACCACCACCAAGUGAGCUGGCAGGGAAACCCAGAAAUCUUGAUACAGAGUCGUCUGAAGUCACCAUGCUGGGCAGCUGCCCACUCUCUCUCUCCGGACAAGACUGAUGCUUCCUGCUUUAGCACUGAUGUUGACAGAACUGCUCUCCAUAAACUUGCUGCUGCAAAUUCAGCGCUUGGGUUGGGAGAUGGUGGCAUAGGUGAUGCAACACGAACAUGUUUUACUGGGCUGGCUGUUGAAGAGCUGGUUGUGUGGUCAACUAUGUGGUUCUUUGGGCAUUAUUGGUAUCAGCUAAUUAAAAAAGACUUCCAGAGUUCAGCAAUGAAGGAACUCAGGGUUAACACGCUAGGCUGGGGUGAACUGGAAGAACGAGCCGUAGGAAGACCUCCAGCAAGGACACCCCACCUCACCGCCCCCACAUCUGGGCGAUGCACCUCCUGCAGCCGGGGCAGCCGAGGGCACAUCCCCUGCUCCCCCCGCCCCGCGGCAGCCCCGGCAGAGACCCCCGCCACCGCGGGAGCGCCGAGAGAGCUUUGGGGUGAGGGGCACGCAGGAACCCCUCGCUACGUGUGCGAGGAGUGGGGGGGAACCCCGGGAGACCCCCUGAGACAGCGGCCAGCCCUCCACACGGGGCGGCUGGACCGCGAUACCGAGCCCCACCGAGCCCUACCGAGCCCCGCCGAGCCCUACCGAGCCCGGCCGCCGCGUGGUCGCCAGGGGCCGCUGCCCCCCGCCGCCGGGUUCCCCUUCCCGCCGGCGCCCUACGGCGGCUCCUACCAGCCCAGCCAGGGCAGCGACGAUGACUGGGACGACGACUGGGACGACAGCUCCACCGUGGCCGACGAGCCGGGCGCCCUGGGCAGCUCCUACCCCGACUACGAGGCGGCGGGCGGCGGGGCCUCGGGCCGCUACCGCAUGUCCACCCGCUCCGAGCUCUCCCUGGGCUCCCGCGGCGGCCACCCGGCCGGCCACCCGCACCCCCCCGGCGGCGGCGGCGGCGCCAAGAGCUCGGCCACCGUCAGCCGCAACCUCAACCGCUUCUCCACCUUCGUCAAGUCGGGCGGGGAGGCCUUCGUGCUGGGAGAAGCCUCGGGCUUCGUGAAGGACGGGGACAAGCUGUGCGUGGUGCUGGGACCCCGGGGUCCUGAGUGGCAGGAGAACCCCUACCCCUUCCAGUGCUCCAUCGAGGACCCCACCAAGCAGACCAAGUUCAAGGGCAUGAAGAGCUACAUCGCCUACAAGCUGGUGCCCAGCCACACCGGGCAGCAGGUGCACCGCCGCUACAAGCACUUUGACUGGCUCUACGGGCGGCUUGCCGAGAAGUUCCCCGUCAUCUCCGUGCCCCACUUGCCCGAGAAGCAGGCCACCGGCCGCUUCGAGGAGGACUUCAUCUCCAAACGUCGCAAAGGCCUGGCCUGGUGGAUGGACCACAUGUGCAGCCACCCCGUGCUGGCUCAGUGCGAUGCCUUCCAGCACUUCCUCACCUGUCCCAGCACGGAUGAGAAGGCCUGGAAACAAGGCAAGCGCAAGGCUGAGAAGGAUGAGAUGGUGGGUGCCAACUUCUUCCUGACCAUCAGUGUCCCCACGGGCCCUGGGGCCAUCCUGGACUUGCAGGAGGUGGAAAGCCAGGUGGAUGGCUUCAAAGCCUUCACGAAGAAGAUGGACGAGAGUGCCCUGCAGCUUAAUCACACAGCCAACGAGUUUGCCCGCAAACAAGUCACUGGUUUCAAGAAGGAAUACCAGAAGGUGGGGCACUCCUUUAAGUGCCUCAGUCAGGCGUUUGAGCUGGACCAGCAGGCCUUUUCAGCUGGCCUCAACCAAGCCAUAGCCUUCACUGCAGAAGCCUACGAUGCCAUCGGGGACCUCUUUGCAGAUCAGCCCCGGCAGGACCUAGAUCCAGUGAUGGAUUUGUUAGCGCUGUAUCAGGGGCAUUUGGCCAACUUUCCAGACAUCAUCCAUGUCCAGAAAGGAGCCCUUACCAAAGUUAAGGAGAGUAAGCGGCAUGUGGAAGAGGGGAAGAUGGAGCUCCAAAAAGCUGAGGGCAUCCAAGAACGCUGUAACAUUAUUUCUUUUGCGACCCUAGCAGAAAUUAAUCAUUUCCACAAAAUUCGUGUGAGGGACUUUAAAUCACAGAUGCAGCAUUUCUUGCAACAGCAAAUACUCUUUUUUCAAAAAGUGACACAAAAGCUAGAAGAAGCUCUUCACAAGUAUGACAGUGUUUAAUCUCUGAACUUUGAUUUGUGGACUUCCCUCAGCAUGACCGUGACCCAGGCGGCAGAGCAGAUGCUGCUGCUGCUGAAGAACCGUUGCCAGUGGUAGACGGUGGUACAAGGAUGGUUUUGUGUUCACCUGGAACCCCGGUUUAACCUCCGAUUAUGUAGAAAGGAAACAGUUAUAGGGCUAUGUAGUAGAAACAGUACCACGCAUUGUAACUAAGUUAUACUGUGUAUGCCUACACUACCAUUGUAACUUUUUUGAAAUAAUAAGUAUACUAUUUGCCUUAUUGCUUUUUGAAAUAUGGUAUUUUAGUGCAUACUUUGUAGACCUCAAAACCCUUUGGGUCUUUAAGGAAGCUGGCUAGAUAAAGGCCUGCUUCAGAUGCCUUUUUACUUUCCUAGAUUUGGAUUUCCUAAAUUCAAAUGAUUCUCUGUUUACAGACUCCUACUAGAGCAGCUAUGUGAUUCUGUGCCUUUAGACUCUAUUUUUCCUUUUCUAGUAAGUCACAUUUUUAUGAUUGAAUGAAUGAAGGGUUGAUGCCUAUGACAGGAACUGAUUAUGAAACCUCACAUUGACUGGAAAAAAAUCAGCUGCCAUCCAGUUUGCACAGCAAGUACUGUCUUAGGAUAAAUGUUGGCUUAAAAAGGAGAGCUUAAAUCUAUUCAUACUUUCUCUGAAAAUGGAGACUACUUGUUAAAUGUACUAGGAUGUUAAGCACAUAUACAAAAAUACACCACUUAAUCCCCCUUCCAAAAUAAAUAAUACAGUAAGGGGUGUUUUUUUUUUAGUAUAUAGCAUUACUGUGAGUGGAAUUUUGAAGAGCUAGCCUAAUAAAAAUGACAUAUGUCAAGGGGAUAUGAAUACAAGCUAUAUGGCUGGAACUUUUUUUUUAAGUUUGAAAUGAUCUGCUCAUUGUUCAGUUACUGAUUCAGUUUAACUUCAGACUUGCAUCUACAUUGCCAGUUCUGAGUUGAAACUCCACUGUGAUUCAUCAGUUUACUAAGUUACAAGUUUUCAGGGAUGUUCAGUAAUAUAAAUGAUCUGAAAAAUGUCUUGGCUGAACUGACUUGGAAAACAGGUGGCAUUUUUAUGUUUGUAACACUCAAGAAUUAACAAUUGUCUUAAUUUUUGUAUAAGUAUUUUUGACAAGCAGGGUGCAUUUAUAUAUACGUAAACACUAUCUUUUAAGGAGUUUUCUGGUUUAUUUCCCUUGAAUUAAGUCUGAAGUCUGUGUUGCUUACCGAUUGGUUUCCUUCUUAUAGGUCAGUAUGAAAAGAGGGGUUUUAUUUAACCUAUUUUUUAUCUCCUAAACAGAAAUAACAAAACCUUCCAAGGAAGCAAAAUGUUUACUUUUUUUGUUUGUAAUGAAAUUAAUCAAACAUAGCUUAUACAAGUGAAAGCCUGGAAAAAGGAAGUUAAGCAACAGUUAUAUUUAAGUACAAAUCAUUCCUCACCUAUGCAGCAGAAACGUGCAGUUCUUUCUCUCAGUCAUGUGAGUUUCUGCAGCUUAACCCCACACCUCUGCUUUAGGGGAAUAAGUGUAAGAAGGUAGUUUUGGUUUUAAGAUUCAUCAACAAAUGCUUGGAUAUGGCUAUUUUGUGCAAAUUGUGUUUGGCAGUGCUUCUAGUACAUAGCCAAAGAAGUAAAAUGCAGAAUAAAAAAGAGGCAAAAAACAGUAUUUGUAAAAGAAAGGACAAUCAGUGAGGAAAAACUCCAUUUCCAGGCUAUUAAAAGAAUGCUGCAAACAGCAACAAGAUUGACCAUAAAAUAAGGACCAUAGGGCUGACUUGCUCUUUAUCUUCCUCAUGGUAUCUUGUUCUACAUUUAAAACUCACCACUUCCCCUAACAGUUCUUCCCAGCAAUACACCAGCUUCCCAUAUGUCAUUUAAUUAUGUGAGAUAGUGAUAAGCUAGGUUUGAGCUGAGUUCCAUGGCUUAUGUUUGCUUAAGCCAGAUACUGUUUUAUUAAAUGUCUUUGCAGUAAUAAGAUCAGACUACAAUCAAAUUAGUCCUAUGUGGACGUACUAAGAUUUGUUCAGAAAUUGAUCUUGGUCCAGUUGAAGUAUUCUAGAAGGUUAGUAUUAAUGACAUGUAUGUGUCCAGGAGGAAAUUAAGCUGUGAUAUGUAUCAGACAUUAUCAGACAGGUACAGUUUUCCCAAAUAAACUGUCAUGGCCUUCAA